CGAUUGCCGUAGGGUUGCCCCAGAUAGAUAUGUUUCCACGUAUUGCAGCAGAAAUUAUAAACAAACAGUGAACAUAAGAAUUAGUAAAAAAAAAAGAGUACAGAGCUCCUUACAUCUCACUGCCAUGCCCAUUUUGCGUGCGCCACUGCAGCCUUAACAGUUAUUUACACCAAAAAGAAACUUGUGCCUAAAUUCGCUGACGAGAUGCCGUGUUGGUACUACGACAAGAAAGAGCUACGCGAGACGCCCUCGAUCCUCGACGGGAUAAGCUUUGAGACAGAAAGGCGCUACCGAAAGGAGGGUGCCCGCUUUAUAAUGGAGUGUGGCACUAAGAUGGGCUUGGGCCACAACACGAUGGCCACUGGUGUGGUGUACUUUCACCGCUUCUACAUGUUCCACUCUUUCCGCAGCUUUCCACGCUACGUGACUGCCUGUUGCUGCCUUUUUUUUGCUGGAAAGGUGGAGGAAACCCCCAAGAAGUGUCGAGACAUUAUAAAAACAGCGCGCGCCAUUCUUAACGACAACUACUUCUAUUCUUUUGGUGAGGAUCCCAAAGAGGAGGUGAUGACUCUUGAGCGCAUCCUGCUGCAGACCAUUAAAUUCGACUUGCAAGUGGAGCACCCGUAUACCUUCCUGCUGAAGUACGCCAAGUGCUUUAAGGGAGACCAACAGAAACUGCAGAAAAUGGUUCAAAUGGCGUGGAACUUCGUCAACGACUCUCUCAGCACCGUGGUCUGUCUUCAGUGGGAGCCGGAGAUUAUUGCCGUGGCGCUUAUCCAUUUGGCAAGCAAGUUGAGCAAGUUUACUGUUCAGGACUGGGAGGGUCGCCAACCCCAGCAUCAGCGCUGGUGGGACAUGUUCGUUUCGGACGUGACGAUGGAGAUUCUCGAGGAUAUCUGCCAUCAAGUUUUGGACCUUUACCAGUCCACACAAAAGGAAGCUCACCAACCAAGCAGUCCGCCCCAAAAGCCGCCUAGUCGGGCAGACAGCCCAACAGCGGUCAAGCCACCAAAUGCUUCGGGAAUCGGGCUGUCCACCAUUCAGCAACAGCAGCAACCCCCACCGCCCGUAAGUGGCAAUGGUAGCUUGAUAGAGGUUAACAACAUACAGAGCAUUAAGUCGCUGGUCAGUUUAGUGCCAGCCCUGGGUUCCGGCGACCUGCAGUCCCUUUCACAGGGUCCAACGCCUCCGGGACAAGCUCCAGGCUACCACCUAUAUCACGCUCCGCCUCCACCACCUCCGCCAGUCGUUCCUAUGCCGCCCUACCCGUCUUCUGGUUGGGGCGUCCAGCAGCCGCCUAGCCACUACGGCAGCGUGGUUCCUCCUAUGCCGCCCGGGCCCAGUGGCUACUACAGCGCCGGCGGACGACCUCAACAGCGUUAUUAGUGUGGAGGCACGAUAACCAAUCGCAGAUCACAGAUUUAACAUAUUAAUAAUUAAUAAAAUAGUAAUUUUAUUAAAAACAAAA